GUGCAGCACAGCUACGAGAGAAUUUAGAAAAAGGGGAGGGAGAGACUUGCAGAUACCACAAAUGUAUUGGUUGUCCUGUUUGUUCUGUAAGAAACAGCAAAAGAACUGAGCUGCACUCCUUACUCUAGAAGUCGCCUCCUAUUUAGAGGUAGAAGAAUGUAGAUGGCUUGAAUGGACGUAACAUUGCCACUCAACUUUGUGUGCUCUGCAGUUUAUUGGCCAAGUCAUUCAAAGUGAUGUGGGAAUCUCCAUGAUCAGAACUGCCAUCUGGAUGCAUCAGGUACUCGAAUUUCAGUUGUUCACAAAGGAUGUACAAAGAUAAAGACUACAGAGGAAGCCAAAUUUCAGGCUUGAACACGCUUCCUUUUGAUCCUGCAAGUAAUAACGAGCCUCUUCAGUUUAGCAACACAAAUGGACCUCUUGUUACUGAUUGCAUUGCAGAGAAUGGUGCCGACAACACCAAAAAAAGAAAGCGCUCUAGUCUGCCUCCAGAAAGUGUGAGAAAUAUGGCUGUGGACUCCACCUCAAUGGGAAUGCCAAUGUCUGAUCCAGCUGCUUGGGCAACUGCAAUGAACAACCUAGGGAUGGCACCCAUAGGUAUGACUGGACAGCCUCUUAUUUCAGAUUUCGAUCCCAGCUUGAGUAUGAUGGCUGGCAUUACUCCUAUGAGCUCAAUUAUGCCUGGAUUGGGAAUCGUUCCCCCUUCAAUCUCGCAGGAUAUUCCUGUUGUGAAAGAGAUCAUCCACUGUAAAAGCUGCACACUUUUUCCUCCUAACCCAAAUCUGCCUCCACCUGCAACCAGAGAGAGACCUCCAGGCUGUAAGACUGUGUUUGUUGGAGGCUUGCCUGAAAAUGCAACAGAGCAGUUGAUCGUCGAGAUAUUUGAACAGUGUGGAGAGAUCAUUGCCAUACGCAAAAGUAAAAAGAACUUUUGCCACAUUCGUUUUGCAGAGGAGGGAACAGUGGACAAAGCCCUCUUUUUGUCCGGUUACCGGAUACGACUCGGAUCUAGCACUGACAAGAAAGACACUGGCCGAUUGCAUGUGGACUUUGCACAAGCUCGUGAUGAUUUGUAUGAGUGGGAAUGCAGGCAACGCAUGCUGGCACGGGAAGAAAGACACAGGCGGAGAAUGGAGGAAGACCGCAUGCGCCCCCCAUCUCCUCCUCCUAUCGUCCAUUACUCAGAACAUGAGUGUGCACAACUGGGGGAAAAGCUCAAGGAUGACUCUAAAUUUCCAGAAGCUAUUCGUAUCCUACUGACUUGGGUAGAAAGAGGUGAAGUUAACCGCCGCAAUGCCAACAACUUCUACUCCAUGAUUCAGUCCUCUAACAGUCACAUUCGUCGACUGAUGAAUGAGAAGGCUGCACAUGAAAAGGAAAUGGAAGAGGCAAAGGAGAAGUUCAAAAAUGCACUCUCUGGAAUUCUGGUACAAUUUGAGCAGAUUGUGUCCGUAUUCCACGCUUCUUCCAAACAAAAGGCAUGGGACCAUUUCUCGAAAGCCCAGCGCAAGAAUCUGGACAUGUGGCGCAAGCAAGCAGAGGAAAUCCGCAACAUUCAUAAUGAAGAGCUCAUGGGUAUCAGACGGGAGGAGGAGAUGGAAAUGUCAGAUGAUGACAUGGAAGACAUUCCAGUGAGCAAAGAGGCAGAUGAGAGAGGCCCAGCCGCCCAGAUUGAAGCUCUGAAAGAGGAGAACGACAGCCUUCGCUGCCAGCUGGAUGCUUAUAGAAACGAAGUAGAACUUCUGAAACAAGAGCAAGGCAAACUGUUGCCCCCACGCACAGAGGAAGAUGCCACACGACAACAGCAACUGAACUUCCUGCAACAAGCAUUACAGGGCAUGCAGCAGCAACUUCUGAAUAUGAGAGAAGAACUAAGAAAGCGUGAAGUAGACCUCAAGAUAACGAAAGAGGAAAAAUUGAACCUGCAAACACAGCUAAAGAGUCUAAAGGAGGAAAUCCAACAGCAAGCUCAGCUUGAGAAGACAGACAGGCAUGAGAAAGGAAGUGACGAGAGUGCUAAUCAAGUCACUCAGGAAUGUGCCAUUCCGGUGGUCUCUUCUGCCAGUCAGGAGAAAGAGAAUUCUCCAGAGAAGAACUUUUCCAGCCCUGUCAAAUCAGAAAGAGAGGCUUUGCUUGUGGGUAUCAUCUCAACAUUUCUUCAUGUCCAUCCCUUUGGUGCCAGCAUUGAGUACAUCUGCUCAUAUUUACAACGGUUAGACACAAAGAUCAAUACCACAGAGGUGGAAGCUCUACUAACCCGCCUGCAGCACACCUUCCAGCAAGAAAUAUCAGGAGUGGGUGCUAGCCUUGAGAAGAGGUGGAAGUUCUGUGGCUUUGAGGGGAUUAAGAUGGCUUAGAUGUCCAGAUCAAACAUGCGGCCUACAUGACCAAGGAAAUAAAGCGGCUGAGCCCAAGAGACUUCAGUUCUGUGGGUCAGAAGGACUGUGUUCAAUCAGGCCCAGCUCAGCAUUCAGCGUUCCUCAUUGCCCUGCGGCAGGUUACUAUAGAAACAGCAGCGCUUGUGCCUUAUGGGCAGUGCUGAGUCAGAGGAGACCGAGAUCUCCUUAAGGCUCCGAUGCAGGGAGAAAAAUAUCAGGGUUUUUACAUGCUACAGGCAUUAUUAUCUUUAGAAUUUAUGUUCCUUUUUUUUUGAUUUCUUUUUUUUUUUGUUUUGUUCAUGUGCUGUGCAGAUGUAGUGGUAUUUACAAAUCCAUGUGUACAUUUAAAGAAUUUCUCAGUGCUUUGUUAUAUAAAAAGAGGGUUCCCGUUUUUGUUUUCUUAUUUAUUUUUUUUCCCUUAGGUGACAUCGUGUUAAAAGUAAGCUAUUGUCAAAGGCCUCAAUAUUCAAAUUGUUAAAGUUGCCUAAAAUGCAGUGUGGCACAAAUGCUUUGCUAUCGUCGUCUGCUUUUCUUUUAUGCUGCACAGAAUUGUUCGAUAAGCAUAUGCACAAUGUUUCUUCUGUGAUGCAGACACAAAAGUGACAUCUGAUUCUUGAUAUUCUCUUCAUCUUGAAAAGUAUGUCUUAGAGAAGGUUACUUGCUUUUUGGCUUCUUUAUAAUUUUAAAGAAUAAUGCAGAUUUCAAUCAGGAAAGAAAAUAGGCCUGACAUGUACACUACUUCAAUAACAACAACAACAACAAAAAAAAAAACUGUGUGUGUACUCAUGCAGAGGUGUUUUAUUUUACCAGCCUUACGGAUU